AGGGCCAGUCGGGCGGGGGGGGUCGGAGGGGCCCCGGGGCGAUCGGAAGGGCCCGGACCCCGGCUACGCGAAUACAGUUAUGGCCACCCAGGUAAUGGGGCAGUCUUCUGGAGGAGGAGGGCUGUUCACUGGCAGUGGCAGUAUUGGCAUGGCGUUGCCUAACGACAUGUAUGACUUGCAUGACCUCUCCAAAGCUGAACUGGCUGCACCUCAGCUUAUCAUGCUGGCAAAUGUGGCUUUAACUGGGGAAGUAAAUGGCAGCUGCUGUGAUUACCUGGUUGGUGAAGAAAGACAGAUGGCAGAAUUGAUGCCUGUUGGGGAUAACAACUUUUCAGACAGUGAUGGAGAAGGACUUGAGGAGUCUCCUGAAAUAAAAGGUGAACCUAAUGGACUGGAAAACAUGGAACUGAGAAAUUUGGAACUCAGUGUUGUAGAACCUCAGCCUGUAUUUGAGGCAUCAGCUGCCUCAGAAGUUUACAGCUCAAAUAAAGAUCUUCCUCCAGAAACACCUGGAGGAGAGGACAAAUGCAAGAACUUGAAGACCAAACCCUUUCGCUGUAAGCCAUGCCAGUAUGAAGCAGAAUCUGAAGAACAGUUUGUGCAUCACAUUAGAGUUCACAGUGCCAAGAAAUUUUUUGUGGAAGAAAGUGCAGAGAAACAAGCAAAAGCCAGGGAAUCUGGCUCUUCCACUCCAGAAGAGGGAGAUUUCUCCAAGGGCCCCAUUCGCUGUGACCGCUGUGGCUACAAUACCAAUCGAUAUGAUCACUAUACUGCACACCUGAAACACCACACCAGAGCUGGGGAUAAUGAGCGAGUCUAUAAGUGCAUCAUUUGUACAUAUACAACAGUAAGCGAGUAUCACUGGAGGAAACACUUGAGAAACCAUUUUCCAAGAAAAGUAUACACAUGUGGAAAAUGCAACUAUUUUUCAGACAGAAAAAACAAUUAUGUUCAGCAUGUUAGAACUCAUACAGGAGAACGCCCAUAUAAAUGUGAACUUUGUCCAUACUCAAGUUCUCAGAAGACUCAUCUAACUAGACAUAUGCGUACUCAUUCAGGUGAGAAGCCAUUUAAAUGUGAUCAGUGCAGUUAUGUGGCCUCUAAUCAACAUGAAGUAACCCGCCAUGCAAGACAGGUUCACAAUGGGCCCAAACCUCUUAACUGCCCACACUGUGACUACAAAACAGCAGAUAGAAGUAACUUCAAAAAGCACGUAGAGCUCCAUGUUAACCCACGGCAGUUCAAUUGCCCUGUAUGCGACUAUGCAGCUUCCAAGAAGUGUAAUCUACAGUAUCAUUUCAAAUCUAAGCAUCCUACUUGUCCCAAUAAAACAAUGGAUGUCUCAAAAGUGAAACUAAAGAAAACCAAAAAGCGAGAGGCUGACUUACCUGAUAACAAUAUUACCAAUGAAAAAACAGAAACAGACCAGAUAAAAAUAAAGGGGGAUGUGGCUGGAAAGAAAAAUGAGAAGUCUAUAAAAGGGGAGAAAAGAGAUGUUUCAAAAGAGAAAAAGGCUUGCAGUAAUGUCUCAGUGAUCCAGGUGACUACCAGAACUCGCAAAUCAGCAGCAGAGACUAAAGAGAUGGAUGUACACACGGGACGUAAUUCAGAAAAGUUCUGUAAAACCAAGAAAAGCAAAAGGAAGAUGGAACCUGAAGCCCAGUCCUUACGUGAUCCUGUGAAUGAUGAGGAACCUGUGACAAAAAAGAAAAAGAAGGUAGACAGCAAACCCAAAAGUAGUCAGGAAGUGCCAAAGGCUGACAGCAAAGUGGAGGAGAAUAAGAAGCAAAAUACCUGCAUGAAAAAAAGUACAAAGAAGAAAACUCUAAAAAACAAGUCAAGUAAAAGAAGCAGCAAGCCUGCUCAAAAGGAACCUGUUCAGAAGGGGCCUGCUCCCGUGGAGGUUGUUCAAAAGGAAACUGCUCAGAUGGGGCCUCCUCCCGUGGAGGUUGUUCAGGAGGAGCCUGCUCAGAUGGGGCCUGUUUCCAUGGAGGUUGUUGAGAAGGGGCCUGCUCAGAUGGGACCUCCUCCCAUGGAGGUUGUUCAGGAGGAGCCUGCUGAGAUGGAGGCUGUUCAGAAGGGGCCUGCUCAGAUGGAGCUGCCUUCUCCCGUGGAGGUUGUUGAGAAGGGGCCUGCUCAGAUGGGGCCUGUUUCCAUGGAGGUUGUUGAGAAGGGGCCUGCUCAGAUGGGGCCUCCUCCCGUGGAGGUUGUUCAGGAGGAGCCUGCUCAGAUGGAGGCUGUUCAGAAGGGGCUGGCUCAGAUGGGGCCUCCUUCCAUGGAGGUUGUUCAGGAGGAGCCUGCUCAGAUGGGGAUACCUCCUCCCAUGGAGGCUGUUCAGAAGGGGCCUGCUCAGAUGGGGCUGCCUCCUCCUGUGGAGGUUGUUCAGGAGGAGCCUGCUCAGAGGGAGCCACCUCCUCCACUAGAGCCUCCUCUUCACAUGGAGCCAAUUCCCAAAAAGUCUCCUCUCCGAAAAGAUAAGAAGGAAAAGUCUAACAUGCAAAGUGAAAUGACACGGAAGGAGCAAGUCCUUAUUGAAGUUGGCUUAGUGCCUGUGAAAGAUAGCCAGCUUCUAAAGGAAAGUGCAAGGACACAGGAUCUCUUAGCACCAUCACCACUGCUGCCAAAGGAAAGCUUAAAAGAAGAGGCAUCAAAAGACCAAAAAUUAUUCUCCGAAGGUGAAGGAAAUAAGGAAGCCCCUCUUCAGAAAGUAGGAGCAGAAGAGGCAGAUGAGAGCCUAGCUGGUCUUGCUGCUUAUAUCAAGGAAUCCACCAGCAUUUCAUCCUCUGGACAAAACUUGAAUAUGCCAGAGGGUGAAACUUCAGAUGAUAAAUAUCAGACUGACAAUAUUGUUUGCGAAAUGGAAAUGGACACUGAUCAGAACACAACAGAGAAUCUCUCUUGCAAAGACUCAGCAGUUGAAGAACCAGUUUCACCAUUGCUCCUUCCGCCACCAACAGAAGAAAGUGAAGCAGUGUCCAAAACUACUCUGCCAUCACCUCCUAUUACCAUGGCAGUAAAUGAGUCUCAGGAAAUCGAUGAAGACGAAGGCAUACACAGUCAUGAUGGAAGUGACCUCAGUGACAACAUGUCAGAGGGUAGUGAUGAUUCUGGGUUGCACGGGGCUCGGCCAGCUCCACAAGAAACUAGUAGAAAAAAUGCAAAGGAAGCCUUGGCAGUGAAAGUGUCCAAGGGAGAUUUUGUCUGUAUCUUCUGCGAUCGUUCUUUCAGAAAGGAGAAAGAUUUCAGCAAACACCUCAAUCGCCAUUUGGUUAAUGUGUACUUCCUAGAAAAAGCAGCUCAAGGACAGGAGUGAUGAAACUGUGGGCAAGGUUUCAAUUCUUAGUUUGUAAGGUCUAUUACAUUUUAUAUCCAUUUAUAAUAGUAGACAACUUUUUAAGAUUGCUUUAAUUAGUGUCCACUGUUGAUUUUUAAGUGGCAUUUUUUUCCUUAGGACUUUAUAUAUACCUAUUGAUUGUUGAUUGUAUACAUUUUAGCAAAUCCAAGGGAGUUAGUGUACUAAACCAGCAGAUAAACCUAAAUCUGUUAGCUUAUAUGUUUAAUCGAAAUGAGAUGGCCAAGAUGGUAUGAUAGCAUUCUGUUGCUGUGUCCAGCUACAGCUUGUCAGUUUUUUCUCCAUGUCUAUCUUCAUGUUUUACUUUAUUUUUAGUUCCUUGUUUAGCUCUAUAAAAAAUUGGCUUACUUAAUAGCAAAUUACUUGAACAAUUUGCCUGCUUUAUAUAAAGUUAGCACUUUAAGAUUUCUUUUUUUAGAGAAGAGAAGACAUUUAAAUUGAAGAGAAAUUCUCCCAACAAUGGACAUUCUAUCAGUCCAGGUAUUUACUUCCUGAGUUUUGAUCAAUAUUUCUAAUUUGUAUAUGUUAAUUGUCAUAAAAACAGUGAUUUUGGUGUGUUUUAUUUUGGUGCUUUAAUGGCUUAAGAUGUUGCACAUUGCUUUGUGUUUUUUUUUUAACCUAUGCAGUUAAAUAUUUUCUAGAAAUAGCAUUUGUAUUGAACAGUAACACUUUAUACAUAUAUGCAUGUUUAUUUGGGCCUCUCUGGAGGAGGGAUGCGUUUAGGCUUGUUUGCAAAAGGGCAGUUUUCUUUUUCUUUGCUGCAAUUGUCUUUUUUGCAGAAUAAUAGUGUGUGCAAGUUUGUGAGCAAAUGAAACAUGCAGAUUCAAUCCUUUGAUUUUGAUUUUCACAUAUUGUAUCUAUGCCAGAAUCUGUAUUUCGUAUAAGUUAUUUAUUUUGAAUGGAUGUAGUAAAUUCACAGCUCUCAGUUUUGAUUUUGUAGUAAAUUAACCACUAGGUUCCAUAUUGAACAAAUUUUUAUCUCAAACACCAACCAUCAGUUAUUGGGUUUUUUGUGUGUUUUGGUACAGCUAAUUCCUGAUGGUAGAGUAUUAAAUCAUAUCUUUGAAGAAAACCUUUUCUCAUAGAUGGUUGGUGUCCAGUAUGGCUACUUAAACUGAAUAAAGAACUGUAAGUGAUGGACAUUGCAAACCUGGAAUCAGGAGACAUAAUUAUUCCUUCAAGUUUUUACAGAAUAUCACUUGGGAGAUUCCAAAGCCAUAGCUACUAUACAGCCAACCCUCGGAUAAGAGAGGUAGCAUGAGUGCUGGCAGACCAGCUGCAGCUUCCUAUAAAUACAAUGAAAAAGGCUGGUGAAACUUAAGUACAGUCCAGAUUUUAAAAAAUCAUACUUUCUCAGGGAUCUCCACAAACUAGUGGGUGUCCUGGCUGUCCCUGUGACAGCCUCUUUCUACAGGUGAGGCCUCAAAUGAAUUACAGUUAUACUGGUGUUCUGUGGGGCACUUUGUAUGAUAAAGGGCGUGUACUCCAAAACUUUUUUUCCUAGAUUCUUUGGCCAGUUGCCAAAGAUUAUGAAAGAAUCCAACAUAGGAUUUUUCUUACUGAUAGUAGUUAUUCAUUGCAGUAAAAUAAAGUAUAAUCCCAAUAGGGAAUCUUGAAUUUGACCUCCCAUAUUCUAUUUUGAUGUAACCACUUUAUAUUUCAUUUACUUUUUUUUAAUCUGGUGAUCUCUUUGAGGUAGGUAUCAGAUUUUGGCAGUACGGCAUGAAAGAUUAGGAAAAACGUUAAUGAUGUGUGGUUGGAAAACUUGUUAAAAAUCUGAGAGAGAAGUCUGAGUUAAAAGUUGUUUGGAAAAGGAAAACAAAAACAAAAACAAAAAGUUGUUUGGACUUGGAAUUGACUGGGAGGCCAAAGAUUUAAGAAAGCAGAAGAUUCUCUCAAGAUGUGAGGAGUAAGUUGUAUGAUAAUGUUGUGUGCUUUGUGUGCAUGAAUGGGAACUUGUAAAUGUUGAAUUCUAGGCUCCGACAAUCAUUGUCAACAAAAGAUCAAGCUGCAAAUAUUUAUGUUUUAAAACUUAAAUUAUAAACCUAGUUGAAUCUUUCUAACAACUAGUUUAAUGUUCGUGGCUAGAUUUUGCCUAAGUUACAGUUUACAUUAUGUAGAAAAAGAUUCAUCGUAAGCACAGAUUAGAUAUUGGGAAUCCAUUUGGGGAAGAGGUUUUGUGGAUUCUUCCAUACUGCAAAAGAAAAAAAAUUGCCUUCUGGGGAAUUGAACUAAUUUCUAAUCUAGUCUUUAAGACUAGGAUGCUAAAAACAAAAAUAUGAAGGAAAUUAAACCCCUUAUUAUUAAAUUGAUCUGUAAAAGCAUUGUUACUGGAAAUGGAUUGGGACUUGAGGCCUUUCUUCCAGAAAAUAAUGACUUGAUUGUCAGGCCUAUAUUAGGUUCUGAACCUUAAUGCCAUGUAUUUGUACUUACUAAAAAUUGUUUCAAUGAAAAGUAUAUUAGCAAUAUGAACUCUUCUGGUCCAGUUUGAAGUUCUUCCAUUUGAAAAAUGUGUUAUUUGCAUGGAACUGUUUGAAUUUUUUUAUUUUCUAGUCCCUUCUCCCUCUCACUGGAUAGAAUUGAAGCUAGAAUUUUCCCUUUUGAUAAAGGAACAAAAAAAUGAACAUGUAUUUGUAAAUUGAUGUUUAGUAACUAGUAAUAAACUUGAAAUACUAGAAUACAGUAUAAGCCUUAAUCCUAGGUAGUCUUAUGAAAAUGAAUCUGUUAACUAUCUUUUGAACCUGUAUUCACAUUGGUUUUCAAGAUAUUUUAAGUUAUAUUUUUCUUCUUUUAUUCAGAGCUGCUUAUUUUGGGGAUACUUUUUUUAUUGAGGUGUAAUUCACAAGGGGCUGCAAUUUUUUUUUUUGAUAAGGCUUCUUAUAACUAUAGCUGGAUGUUUUGCUUUAGUCUUCCAAGAAGGGCCAUUUUAUUUUUUUAAGAGUCACUUCUAAAGUCAUGUGGUCAUUAACUUUGGAGACUAUUUUGCAUAUGAGUGCUGAUAUAAAUUAAAACCCAAGUAGACCUCAUUGCAUGUUACCCCUUAUUGCAUGAAUGUUGACAAUGGAAGGAAUACCUUGCCUGUAGUAUACUGUCAAUUCUGGACUGAAAGGCUGGGGAAGAAACUUAAUUUUCUUCUUUCUUGCAUAAGUCAGAAAAACAUACAGCUAGUGUGCCGAGUUUCCUUGUUGACCUCAGCAGAUGAAGUGAGCUGAUAGUGUUAAUUCAGAUUGAAGAAAUUAUCUGAAUCUUGGUUUGUGUAGAUUUUCAAUCUACAUGCAAUAUUAACUAAAUCAGAUAGCUUUUACUGUUCCACAUGUGUACAUAGGCUCCCAUCCCCUUCCACAUCCAUGAGUUAUUGUACUUUGUAAACUGGCAUUGAAACAUUACAACAAUGUUUUGUUGCACCAAUUUAUAAACUUAUACAGUGCAAUACGUGUUAUUUUUCUGAGGCAAACCAAAGGUAAAUUUCUCAAGGUUCUUGCUGCCGCCUUUAGCAGCAUUUGAUGGAUCUUUUAUACAUUUGUAUUAGAUGAAAAUAAACCAGAUUGCAAAUCUUUUUUUUUAAAUUUUAAACCAUGUACCAAGUUUUUGGUCCAAAUUGUGUAGAAUAAGUUAAACUUGCAUUCUAUUAACCAAUAUGAGUGUAUUUCUGUAAGCAUAGUUAUGUUGAAAUAAAGUUUUAAAAAGCA